ACUUCGGCCGAUCGGUAUCACUUCUAGGGACUCAACCGAGGUUUGCCGAAUGCACACUAUCAUCAAAUUGAAAGUAGUCAAAGAAGUAUCAUGCAUCGCCUUCAUGAUAACACCAAUUCAAAUGUAAGAAUUAUUUUUCUUGACAUACCUUAACUGUGAAACUGUAUCGAUCGAUCCCAUACAUAACAGAGAGCGAGAUGAAAGGUCUAAUUUUAAUUAGAUUGGAGAUGAUUGACUACAAAGAAUGACAGCAGGUCUCAUUGAGCAGGGAGUUGAGGACCAAAUAUGGGGAAAUUUGGGAAAGAGGCUCAUUUCUGGGUGCCGAUGAUUGCCUGUCUGCUCAUCUUAUCAUCCCUCCUUGUUAAUAUCGGUAUGUCCUGUCCGACCGGUAACAACGUUAUCCAUAGAACUGAUGGAUCAUGCUGCAAAACAAUUAAGUGUUUAAAAAACCAAGGUUACAUAUUGUGCUCUAGCAGGAACACACUAGGUUAUGACUCCUGUUACGACUGUCCCAUCGGAACUGUCAACGAGUUACCAAUGGAUACCUCUGAAAUAACAUACAACUUCGGAAUCCAAGAAGAACAGUGUAGGAAAUUUGACUGUGACUGUUCACCAGAAGCAGAGCUUCUUAACAGGGAUGAAUGCCAAAGGACAGGGAAUAAAGAGUGUGCCUGUAGAAGACAGGAUCUUCGCUAUGGCGAUGACCCUCAAGCAUGUAAAGGGCCAGUCAAUGAUUCUGACAAACUGAACUCGAUCAGAACACCGGGCUUCGAGUUAAAGAAUACUGGGGAUGUUGGCGAGUGUGACCAAGGACACUUCAAGAAUAAGAGUGAUUACUCCAUUUGUAUACCUCACACAAAAUGUCCAAAGGGCUAUUCUGUGAUUUUUAAUGGUUCCACAACAGAAGACAGAAAAUGUCGGCUAGUCACUAAAACUGUUACACCUCUAACCACAAAAAGGGAGCAACCAACCCUAACCAUGGUGCCAUCUGUCACUUUCUUGCCAAAGUUAAGAAGGAGAAAUCAAUUAUCUAAACAGGGAGAAAUAGAGAGAACCAAACACAAUGGAACCAAUUUGGGCUCUCCUGCAGAGUCUGGGAUGCGAAUAGCUCCAGAAGUCAAUGGCACCUCUACUCACCAGCCAGAGGAUCAAAUGACGGUGUUAACUGGCGAUGGAGAAAGCUAUAUUGUUCCUCUUGCUGUAGGAUUGGGAAUUGGGAUUCCUUUGUUUCUAUUUGUAAUUGUUAUGAUAUAUUGGUGCUGUACUAAGAAAAGGAAGAAUAGAAAUAAAGAUUUAGAGCAAGGUAUGAUCCCUAUGCAGGAACGUGCCAAUUUACAAAAUUCUGGUACAGUUCCCGCAACCUUUGGUGAAACGAAAGAUUCAGCAGAAAAGAAACCUCUACUACCUGGGUGCAAUGGAUCACAAAUGGACCACAGUAGUGGAAAAGACGAUGAAACUCUCGAAACAGAUCUAGAUGGUGCUGAACAGUAUACAAAGUUACAAAACCAGUCUUCUUUGCCAAGCACUGAAGUGUCAGAAAAUUCUCCCUCUGCAGAGGUGGAGGGUUAUGUGUUGCGUACUGUAGAUAAAAUUGGACCAAAUUCUUCAGAGGAAAUUCAGAUUGUGGAAAAAAGCCCUGAAGAAAUUGGAACGGGGAUGUUAGAAACCCAGCAAAGUGAUCAAGCUAAUGUGACCCCAAUAGAUGACCCAUCAUCACUAAGCUUGAGAGGGACUGACCCUCAAAUUAGAAAUCAGUCGUUUUUAUCCCCCGUUCUAUAUACAGCUGGUUUACAGAGCAUUUCAGUGCCUCCCCAUUCAUUAGGUUCUUUGAAAUCUGAAGGGAUGUAUUCAUCAUUUUCUUCAAAUUCACUUGAUAUGGCAUAUCGAAAAAGAUAUGCAUCCCAAGAAGACAGUGAUUAUGGAACAGGGUCAUCCAGGAAAAAUGAUACUGACAAUUCAGUGUCACUGUCAUCGGACAAUAGAUAUCAAGUGCUGUCUGUUGAUUCCUUGGAAGAUUCUAGGCAGUUAUCCACAGAUACACAAUCCAGUACUAAGACAGGAAAAUCUGUAGCUGUCGUGACACCCUUCAGAAGAAAUGAAAUGAAGACUGUCGAUGAAGAGGAAACCUGUUCUAAAUCGCCAUGAAUUUUCUAAUCAGAUUAUGUUGCAGGAUUAUAGUAAGGAGGAAAAAAAGAAGAUGCUAAUAAACAAAGGGAAAUUAAAAAAGAAAAAUUCCCACUCCAUCUUGUGUAUCUUCUAAUCUAUUUCCUCACAGUUCAGGAAAAGCUUAUAGCCAUUUGAUACAGAGCAUGACACAUAUUUUCAACUUCCCUUUGUAAACAAAAAGCGCUUAUUGAUUUUGCGGUUAUUGGUGCAGAUGUCAAAGUACAAACAAUGUCGUCUGCUUGAUUAUGAUAUCUUGUGCAAAACAAUGCAUCAUAUGAUUCUAUGACAUUAUGUGCAAGCAACAGUGUUAGCAUUAUGAGAUGGUUAUUAUUAAUCAUAUGUUGACCCUCUUUACACUGCAAACUAAACAAAACUGGUUGUUAAAAACGAUUUUCAUUGAUAUAGAGAAUGAGUCCAUGCUGUUUAAUUCUUAUGUAUUUAUUUGAGCAUAGUCUAAAAAUUGUGGAACAUUUCUAUAUAUUUGAAAUCGUUAUAAUUAGAUCUGAAACUUGAAUCUUUACCAUUAUAAUAGUGAUGUCAUUGUGCCAAACUUGUAGACUUUCCAAUCAACAUACAAGAGCUUGUUCAUGUACCCUAUUAUGAUAUUAGAGGCCUGUGGGAUUAUGAUACUUGCUUGUAAUUUUUUCUUCAUUUUCUGAUAAAUAUAUAUUCAUUGUAGAUAUAUCUUAGAAAUUAAUGUUUUAUCAACUGUUAGUACGGUAAUAAAUGAAGUUGAUGAAUUUGUUUUUGUAACAUUUUACAUCCUUCCUUGCCAUAUUCAAUGAAACCCUUUGUGGUUCAACUGAUUCAAUACUUAAAGGAAAUAGAUAGAUUUUAGAUAUGUACAUUUGUAUUAAGUCACUUAAGGAAUGUUUAUGUGAUUGUAAAUAAUGUAUGCGAGCUAGAUAGGAAUUGAUUAAGAGGAUGGACAUUUCUGUGCAAUAUAUUUAUAGUUAUUUGUGAUAUAUAGUAUAAAUGAAAAUGAUUUAAAGCAAAGACCUUAUUAAUUAAUAAAAAUUCAAACCACA